AUGUCGGAAAAGACCCCUCACCUUGCUGCCACCAUGGCCGACGAGCCUGGUUUGCGGCCCGGUCUGGCGGAUACAGAUCUGCAGGAGGAAUUUCACCCGGAAGAGCUGAAGGAGCUGGAGAAGAGGAUUCGAUGGAAAGUUGAUCUGCGACUCUGUACAAUUGCUGGAAUUCUGUGCAGUCUCAACCUGCUCGACUCGGGGAUUCUCUCGUCAGCUUCGGUGACGAGCAUGCUGACGGAUCUCAGCCUGCAGGGGACGCGCUACUCCGUCUCCAUCUUUAUCUUCACCAUUGCCAGUGUUGUAUUUCAACUACCCUGCACGGUCGCAGUGCGCUGGAUCGGUCCCCGGAUUUGGUUCUCGGUCAUCACCAUCUGCUUCGGCCUGAUCACCCUGUGCACCGCGUUCAUUCACACCUGGAAGCAGAUGAUCGCCCUGCGCGUCCUCCUCGGCAUAGCCAUGUCCGGCAUCUAUCCGGGCUUGACCUACCUAGUCAGUACCUGGUACACCCGGCGUGAGCAGCAGCUUCGUUUUGCAUUCCUUCAGUCAGGCGAGGUCACCGUGUUGGCCACCGGCAAUAUUGUCAACUACGCGCUGAAUCUACUUAAUGGGCGAGCCGGAUUGGCGGGAUGGCGCUGGAUGUACCUUGUGCAGGGGCUUACUACCUGUGUUCUGGGUGCCCUAACAUACUGGUGGAUUGUGGACUUUCCCGAGAAGGCUGGCAACAGCUUUCACUUCCUAUCUGAGACGGAGGCUCGGGUUGCGGUGCGGCGUAUACAGCUUGACCGUGACGACGUCAUACCAGAGCCCUUCAGCUGGCGCAAGAUCGGUGUGAACUUCCUUGACCCUAAACUAUACGGGUUCGCCUGCAUGUUCUUUCUGUUGAACCUGGUGUCGACAGCGCUGAGCUACUUUCUUCCAAUAAUAUUGCAAUCCGGCAUGGGAUUCUCCAGUAACGAAUCAAUUCUACUUUCCACGCCGCCGUACUACUGGUCCGUCGUGCCCGUUCUAUUCACUUCCUUCAUUGGCGACACAUAUCGCAGGCGCGGUCCCUUGAUCGUCUUCAAUGCGCUUUGCCUGGUGGCUGGGUUUUUGAUGUUUGGUCUUCCGGCAUCGACCCAAGUCACGGUGCGGUACAUUGGCACCUUCCUGGCCACCGGCGCAUAUGUUUCCAACUGGGCCGCAUUGAAUGCGUUCAUGGCCAACAACGUGGUCGGGCAAUGGGAACGAGCAACCACGGCGGCGGCCGUCGCGGCCUGCAACGGCCUGGGCGGCGUGGCGGGUAGUUAUAUCGUGCGACAGCAAGAGGCGCCACAGUAUGCAACGGCCGUGUGGGUGUCUGUUGGAUCACACGUUCUUAUGAUCGCCAUCGUCGGGGUAUUCACAAUAUGUUUUUAUAUCUGUAAUAGACGGUAUGACCGGAACGAGUGGACGCCUCAGAACAGGUUUCCCUUCGUUCUGCAGGUCGGCUUCCGGUAUACAUAUUGA